GGUGUGUCUUUGAUUGGUGAUGAAUUUUGUGAGAAGGCGGAACAUCCGAUCUACGUGACAAAACUGGCCAAUGGCAUUAUUGGCCUUCUCUCCGCUCCAAUUCGCUUGAAAUAUGUCGUUAUUUUAAAUGCUUUUAUACACAAAAAUGGAAUUUACCUUUUAAAAAAUCGAUACUUAUUUAUUGAACGGUACUUGAGUCUUAUUUGCAAUUGGUAUGAUAACUUGUUGCACCCAAGAGGAAACUGCCAGACAGCAAGCCUUUAUUCCAGACAUCUUAGUUAGUGUGAGGUAUGGCAGAAGAGCCCUGGGAAUUCAAAUAGAGUGAAAAGUCAAUGGCUAAAGAGGGUGCGUAGAAGGUGGAAAAGAUGUCUUACAGUAACAGGGAACUGGUGGUGUUUUUUAUAAGCUAUAGACUGUCCCAGAGGAAUUAUUCAUGUUGUCAAUUGGGGCUGGAGGGUGCUUGUGGACGGACUGAGGGAGAUGAGGCCGUUGCAAAUGGGUCUGCGGGGAACUACCGGAACAGCAGAAGCAAUUUGGCGAAGCCCUCCUCUCCACAGGGGGGCAUGGAGCCGGUGAAAGCAGCACUACGGGACUCAGUGGAUGAGUUUGAGCUGCGCUACACCCGCGCCUUCAGUGACCUCUCCUCCCAGCUCCACAUCACCCCUGCCACAGCCUACCACAGCUUUGAGAGUGUGAUGGACGAAGUGUUCAGGGACGGGGUCAACUGGGGUCGCGUGGUGGGUCUGUUUGCUUUCGGCGGGGCCUUGUGUGUCGAGUGUGUUGAGAAGGAUAUGAGCCCACUGGUGGCGCGCAUCGCAGAUUGGAUGACCACCUACCUGGACAACCAUAUCCAGCCCUGGAUCCAGAGCCAAGGAGGAUGGGACCGUUUUGCAGAGAUCUUUGGCAGAGAUGCUGCUGCAGACGUUCGACGGUCCCAGGAGAGCAUUAUUAAAUGGCUGCUAGUUGGGGUGAUUCUGCUUUCAGGAGUGCUGGUUGGCACUCUCAUCAUGAAGAAACGCCAAUGAAGUGGUGUAAUAUGAGCCACAUCUAGUUUACCCCCAGCACAUAUAAACGCAAAAUCAACAAAAAUAGAACUUUAUAGUUUGUUUACAUAAGCACAGUCUGCUUGUGCACUGACAAACCUUAUGAUUAGCCAUGGCUAUAACAGUUUUUGGGCAAUGAAUAUGUAGCUUAGUGAGCUGUCUCACAACUCGCCUCUCCUGUCCUGCGCUCUGUAACAUUUGUUUUUACAUUUGAAAAGUAAUAUGUAAAAUAACAUUUUAUGACAUUAUUUUCUUACUUUUAUAAUUAUUAUUGGUUUUAUUUUUUUAAACUUGGAUAGAGGGUGUUGCAUUUGAGACUGGAGGUGCUUUAAAUGGAUCUGAAGCUAAGCGUAAAUGGGAAAACUACAGCUGGUGUGGUAGGACAUAGGAGAUUGUUUAUGUAUUAUUAGGUUUGUGUGUUACCCUUUAUAGGGUUUUUUAUUUUUAGGUUUGUGUGUUACCCUAGUACCAACUAAAUAUAUUCUUUCCAAAUGGACAUUUGACCAAUUGAAGAUUUUAGAAUAUUGUUUUUUUAUUUUGUGUUAAAGGCCCAAUGCUGCUGUUUUUAUCUUCAUAUGUAAUCAUUUUGGUGCAACAAUUAAGUACCUUACUGUGAUUGCUUUCAAUGAAAAUAGUAAUUUAUUUUAUUUUUUACUCCCUUAGCAAGGGAAUUUCAGCUAGGACUCUGGUUGUGGUCUUAGUAGGGAGGGGUAACAGCUCUCACAAAAUGGGCAUUAUCAUCAUUUUCACAGUAUUCUACCAACCUCUUAGUGAAAAUAUAUAUAUGAAACAUAGUAAUAUCAUGUUUUUUACUGCAUUUGGCCUUUAACUGAAACCUUAGUUUCAAUGUGACAAUUUCUUUAAAAUCUUACAUUCUUUCCUUGCUGUACUGGCGUUUCAGGCAUGCACUAAAUAAUAAAACAUAUUUAUGUUUUAAG